UUUUCCGGAGAUCUUUCACUUUUCAAAAUAAAAGCUCUAUUUUCCAUUGUCCUAUUUCACGAACGUAGCCUAUGUUUGUACGUUAGAGGAUGAAUAUACUAUUACUUUGAUAUGAAAAAUAUUUCCCAUGAUGGUCAAUCGCCGUGGACAGCAUUUACUACGUCUCUAAAAAUGUAAUUACAUGAAAAAGAAACGUUUGCGCAAAGGCCUUUCCUAUAGGCUACUUUCAUUUCCAUGCAGCUGUUCUGAAGAUACCAUUUCCUGCCCUGACCAUAUCCCCUCGCCUUCACAUGUGCGUCUUAACCAUACAGAGGUCUACAAACCCUUUGGCAAACUCUUUGGUGUUCAGUGACAUUACUCAAUUCAUGUUAUGUGUGAUGAUUGAUUCAAGUGUCAACAUUUUCAGAAAUGUGGCUUGAUAAAUUCCGAUACCACAACUAAUCGGCUGUAGCGCAAAAUCGCCUAGAUCUAUAAAACAGAUUGUUUUAAAAUUAAAUUAGAACAAUAUAGCAUAGACUGCAUAUAUCCCCAUAGGCCUAUAUGUAGCGUGUACGAUAUAAUAACAACUUAAGAUGUAACCAUGAAUUGCAAUGUCUUUUGCAACGUUUUUUCUUUUACUACCACACGGGAGGCUACAGAACCACAGAACAUUACCAUUACCUUACUGUUCCCUUGGUUACAAAUUGAGUCUACAGUGUCAUUGUUUGCAGUUACUACAGAAACUCUCCGGCUAUGCGACGCCCAGCGAGAAACGAGUAGAAUAUACUGCAAUUCGUUCAAAUGGAUUCAGCUCUGUAUAGGAGCACAUCUGACUUACACCAGAGUCAAAGCAUCAGGAAACACCAGAACAUGGUUUCCAACGUUUUUUUGGCUCAAGCAAUGUCUUCAGAUUAUUAGGACCAAAACCUGACCGACCAGACCUGCGCAGUGACCUCAUAAUAAAAAACAAGGUUGAAUUGCUGUGAGUAUAAAAAACAAAUAUUAUCUUUCAAAACAGGUAUACUGAUAAAGUAUAAAGUAUACUUCAUAAUUGUAUGUUCAAUGUAUUAUUUAAUACAUAUUUAACACCAAAGCUUUGAAAUGCCCACUCCCCCAGCUAUGAGUCAGGGUUAGAAGCCAUGUCUAAGUCACAGUUUGAAACAGCAGUCAUUUGUUUCAACAAGGCCAUCAGUCUGCAGCCUAUACAGAUUCGAUUGUAUGUGGAAAUGGGAGAGGCCUAUCUCCAACUGUGUGAUUUCCAGUCUGCUGCCCAGAGUUACAGGCAGGCUUGCUAUCUAGACCCAGAAGACACGCGCUUUUUUCACCGUCUUGCAUUCAUCUACUACCUACAGGGUCAAUGUCUCUAUGACAAGGGGAUGUUUCUGGAAGCACUUGAGUCUUUCUCCAAGGCAACUGAACUGAAACCUAACUUUAAGUCCUAUCAGUUUAGGAGCUUGGCGUGUCUGACUGCUUUAGGACGAUACAGUGACAGUCUGAAGCUGGUCAAGCAGUGGCUGGAGACAGACGAGCAGACAGCAGACCUCUUUGUUCUUAAAGCCCGUCUGCAUCAACAACUCUCCCAGAUGUCGCUCUGCUACCACAGCCUUAAGUCAGCCCUCAAGCUGAACCCCACUUGUCCAGAGGCCCGUGGGCUGCUGCGGCAGCUAAAGGAGGCUGGGGAGGUUUGUCAACAGCAAGCCCGGAGUAAGGCAGUGGAGGGGAACCUGCGAGGCGCCCUGGUGAGGAGCAACACCUCCGUGCAGUACAGUCCAGAGAGAGCGUCAUACUACCUGUUCAGAGGGACUCUGCACCGCCGACUGAAAGACUUCACCACUGCCAUUGAAGACCUCAUCCAGGCCAUUGAACUGAGCGAGUUGGUGCCAGAGGACGCUCUAGGGGAGAGACAGGAAGGAACUGAGGAGAUCCAGGAAGAAGCUCACACCCAGCUUGUGCUGACCUACAAUGACUUCGCCGUGCACAGCUUCUCCCACGGCUUCUAUAAGGAGGCUGCCAUGCUCCUUAGCAGAGCCAUACAGGACCACAGGGAUGCGAGCGGCCUGUUCAUUAACAGAGGAGAUUGCUUCUUUAAGCAGGGGGACUUGGUUUUCGCUCUGGCUGACUAUCAGCAGGCCGAGGAGCUGGACCCACAUAACAAAGCCAUUUGGUCUCGGCUGGCUGUCAUUCACAACACCCACGGUCUCCAAAACCACAAAGACAGAAAGUAUCAGGAAGCAGCUAAGCAGUUCUCAUUAGCCGUUAAGUACAACCCAGGAGUCAGUCAGUACUACGAGAACUGCUUUAAAGCACAUUACAAAGGGCAGAAAUUUGACAUGGCAAAGGAGGAUGCCAUCAACAACCUAAUCCUGGACCCCACUAAUAACCAGGCAAGUUUUCAUAUGCAGCUCGCAACCGCUAAGGGGGGCGGCCAUGUGGGCCUGACUUGACGACUACCUGCUUCUCCAACCUCCAAACAGCUACUGUAUGUCAGAUGUGACUACAGAAUUGUAUUUUAAUUGAAUUAUUGAAUUUAAUUUUUAUUUCUGUGUGUGACACUUGUGAGAAAGGAGAUGUGAGAUUAAUAAUCAGGAACAUAAAACUGUUCCCUUUGUCCAGGUGGAGCCUCUUCUUCUGAGACUGUUCCCAGGAUGCUCUCUGUCGGCUAUCCUGUCCAGUGAGAUGGCCCACACACUCAGGUCUCAGCUCGAAGACCGCAUUAAUGCCCAUAAACAAGCAAUGUCUCCUGUGUCAAGACUGACCGAUACACUCGGACAGUUGAAGGUCCUGGAUGAAACAGAUAACCAGUCGGAGGAAACUCUUAAUGAAGAGGAACAUUCAGACACAUAGUGGCCAUGACGAGUAGACUGUAGACAUGACUGCUUAAUAAAACAACAACCAGACAGCAGAAAUCCUGAAUGAACACAUUAACUCUGAACACUAUACAGAGAUACACCUUUUGAUUUCAUUUCCUCAGAUUCAGUGAUUUGGCAUUAAAUACUUCUUUAUGGAAACCUUA